AUGAUCCCAGCUCUGGCCAGUCGGGCAUCGUCCUCACAACAACGCCAGACAAGCCCCCAGCCCACCGCUCUGCAGCAGCUCUCCUAUUUCAUCCCAAUCUCCUCGCGCCUCUCUCGCUCUUCCACUCUUUCUCCUCUUCUUUCGUCCACUCAGAUCCAGACACAACUUCACCGCCAGAACAGUCCCCUGCUUCCUCUUCCAUCAGGAAUAAAAGCCGAAGAAGAACUCGGAUUCUUCUUUCCUUUUCUCCCUGUCGACUUCUUUCUAGGAAAAGAAGCCAGAGGAUUCUUCUUUGUCUUCCUUUCGAACACUUCGGAAGCCCGUGUUCCGGUCCCUUUCAGCAUCUUCCCGUCAGCGUACAGGGAGUCAGAGACCGAACAAACCACCACCCAAUCCACUCACGAAGAGCUAGAGAUCAAACUCCCCCACAAAGCCGGACGGGAAGGUCAAUACUCUUCUUUCUCUGCUACUGCCGAUCUUCCUCCCCGCAAGGAGCAGUCACGCUACAGCGAAGAAGAGGUCCGUAUCACUCGUGAAGAGGAUCGUUACCGCCGUCCCGGUGUCCGUCAAGAGUACUACCGCGAAGAACGCAGGCCCUCUCACGCUUCGUCUUCCUACUCCGAGACUCACAUUGAGACCGACCGCCACUCGCACCACCGAGACUACAGCACCCCCAUCGACGUUGCCGAGCGCGAGUAUCGCUCUCGCUUCCAGCCCAACUACCGCGAGGAGGUCCACGUAACCGGUUCCACCGUUGACGGUCCCCGCUACCCUUCCUACCACCAGGAGUCUGCUAGCCGUGUUGACGACACCACCGUCGACCCGCCCACCCAGCGUCCUGUUUACCACAAGGACGUGAAGAUCACCGAGGAGACCGUCGAGGUUCCCCGCUACAGCAACACCCCCCGCCAAAAGUCCAAGAUGGGUUACUACGACGAGGACGGCCACUACCACUCCUUCCGCCACGGAAUCCACAAGAUGGCUGACAGGAUGCUUCACCCUGAAGGUCACGAGAAGGUCGAGAUCACCGAGAUCCGCGAGUCUCGGGGUCCUUCCCGCCGCGCCUCUUCUGAGGGUGGCUACGUGCCCAACACGGUCACCAUUCCCUGCCAUCACAUCCGCCUCGGCGACAUCGUGAUCCUCCAGGGCCGCCCCUGCCAGGUCAUCCGCAUCUCGACCUCCAACGCCACGGGCCAGCACCGCUACCUCGGUGUUGACCUGUUCACCAAGCAGCUGCACGAGGAGUCGUCCUUCAUCACCAACCCUGGCCCCAGCGUCGUCGUCCAGACCAUGCUCGGCCCUGUCUUCAAGCAGUACCGCGUCCUCGACAUGCAGGACGGCACCGUCGUCGCCAUGACCGAGUCUGGCGACGUCAAGCAGAGCCUGCCCGUCAUCGACCAGUCCAACCUGUGGUCGCGCCUGUCCAAGGCCUUCGAGUCUGGCCGCGGCAGCGUCCGUGUCCUCGUUGUCAGCGAUCACGGCCGCGAGAUGGCUGUCGACAUGAAGGUCGUCCACGGCUCCCGCCUGUAA